UUUUGUUCCCUCAAGUCCCCUGAAGUUGUGUGGCAUCCUUUUCCUCUUUCUGCCUUCUGCUUUUGACAUUGUUUUUGUGGAGGACUUUCGUGCGAGUCCAUUCAUGAGGCUCGGGGGCUUCUCAUGGUUUGAAACCUCCCCAACUCCCAUGGGAUGAAAUCUGUGACCUUGUCCACUGUAGCUGCUCCACAACUAUUUGGCCCCUUUUGUUGUGCCGGAAGGCUGAGACACGCCAUCUGCCCCUUUCCAUCAAGGAUCAUUCAUCUCUGAUGUGGUCUAGGUAUUGUAGACCUCUCCGUGGUCAGGGUAAGUGGUGAUUGGCUAGGCUGGUGCUGCCCGGAAGAGUAGUGAUCGUUAAACCCCCAAUCCCUGAGCGAUUCAAGGGGAAACACCAGCAAGUACAUAAAGUGUGAUUCUGACUGCCAUCUGACUGCCUCCUUGUCCUCCAGGGCUCGCUGCUGUCGAUGAGAUCAAUGCUGUGAUUCGGGAAGGUCAUCCCAGUAACACCGUGAUGGCACUCAUGAAACCUGAGGCCCAGCUCCCGACCGUCCAUCCCUUUGCUGCUGUUCUGUAUCAGGAUGAACUGUUCAACCUUCAGGAACAGAGCUCUUUGUACUACUUGGCCCCCGAGGAGCUGUCCACGACAGUAGAGAAGGUGUCAGCCCUUGCUCUGCUUAACCAGGCGUUGGAAACCGAGGAUCUUGAGUUGACCCAGGAUCGUCUCAGAAAUCCCUCAAUUGACUUCAAUAACCUGGAUGAAGCACACUUGGAACGGUAAGGGAUCCCUCAUUCCUUUCAGCUCUUUGUCAGUGGUACCGGUGAGAUUCUGGAAUCAUUGGCUCCAGUGACCUGUAAUCUCAAGGAUGGAGUCCUUCCUGUCAAAGCCCUUUGGAAAUGUUUUUGGUUUCCUGAUCGGCCAUAUUCUAAGUGGUCAUGAAGAUCUAAGAGUGCCCGUGUAGGUUGUCUUGGUUAUAUUUGCUUUUCCGAAAAGGUGGACUUGUUCCUUUCAACUGU